GGCCCAUGCCUCUCAAACCUACUACUAGCCAUCUCAUCUCGAUCCGGAGCUCACUGGCCUACAAGCUCAUGCCUAGCCUGAGGCACAGCAGCUCCUUAGUGAAUCUGCUCGACAAGCAGCUUCACCAGCUCCCCACGUCAAAGAUGAUGAAGAUCAGCAAGAGCGCCCCCAACCUCCUGAAGAAGGCCGUGACGUCGUUCAAGUGCAAGACGGAUGCUCUAAGGACCAAGCUCAUCAUCCUGGCCUCGCUGCGCCGCAGGAUGGCGAUGGUCCGCGCAGUGUCCCGCCAGAUCCACGCGCUCGCCGCGUCGGGUGGCCGGGAUAAUAAGCAGGCCGCGGUGGGGCACGGCGGCAAGGCUCUCGCUCCGCGCAAGGCGGCGGCGGCGGCGGCGGCGGGCAAAGAGGCAGCUGGUGACCAUGGCGGCGAGGCUCGUCGUCUUGGUCUGUUUGAGGUGGCAGUGUUUGAGGAAGAUUAUCAUGGUGGCUACCCUGACUGGACCACCUCCCUAUUCGACGAUGACAAUAUCUACAACGAUGAGGAGGAGGAUGUCGUCCAAGACGACGAGCAGGAUGACCUUGAUCUUGAUGCGUUCGACGAGACCUCGGUCAUCGAGAUCCUCAGGAGCAACCGGGAGGCUCAAGGGCUGGAGUUCAGCAUGGAAGAUGACAUUGACGAGGCCUGCGAUAUGUUCAUCAGGAGAUGUCGCAGCCGGAUGAACCUUAGUUUCUAGUGAUCUCGCGGUUUUUGUAGUUUAUUUACGUGAAUGAUGUAAGGAUGAAGAGACUAGUACUACUGACGAGUUGAGAGACAAUAGAAGAAGGUGGGUGAGAUACUAAGAUUUUGGUAGCACGCAUGCAGCUAGGGACUGGAGGGCAUGAAGAACUUAUUUUGAUGGAAGCGUAAUACUAAGAUCACUUCAUGUGGUGCGGCGAAGUGUCCUGCACAUUGCUUGACAGAUGCACUGCAUGAUAAUGUUGCAAAAUA